UCAGAGAGUAAACAGAUAUAUUGGAGCCCCAAGGGUUCAUGGGUAGCGUAUUUACAAAGGAGCGUCUCCGCCAGCCCGUGCCACCGCUGCUAAUGAGAGCGGUCAUUAAGUAAAUGAGACAUCGCCUUUAGCUGGCUUAGAGUUCGCACGCGAAGGGGAGAAGAUAUUUAAUUGAAACCCUCACAGGCUUCCCCACAUGUGACGCGAGAGGGAGGCAGCUGUCUGCCUCUCCGCCCCCGUCCAGCCUGCACCCCCAUGUAAAUUUCAUGAUCGCCUUCGUGAUGUCAUUUUGAAGGAGGACAGACAAUAGCUGCGGGGAAAGAAAAUGAAUUCCGGGGUGAGCUGCUGAGUCAGAGGUGGACACGCGGAGAAAAGGGCAGCACCGGCAGCACUUCCAGACUCCUCGUGGGCGGACACGGCGAGAUGAGCUUAGACAAUGAUGAUAAAAGAGCUCGAACCCGAUCCAAGGCCCUUCGAGCACCCCCAGAGUCUGCAGGUGCUGACCUCAGCUGCCCCACCCCAGGAUGCACAGGCUCGGGACACAUCCGGGGCAAGUACUCCAGGCACCGAAGUCUGCAGAGCUGCCCUCUGGCCAAGAAGAGGAAGAUGGAAGGCGUGGAGGCCGAGCACCUGGUGUGCAAGCGGAAGUCGCUGCCCCUGAAGCUGGCGCUGGACGAGGGCUGCGGCCUGGAGAGCGAGGGCAGUGAGGAUGCCGAAGUGAAGGAUGCCUCUGUCUCGGGUGAAUCGGAAGGAACUCUGGAGGAGGACGAGGCCGAGAUGUCGGGACAGGAGGACAUUCAUCGCUCUGAGCCAGCUGAAGGAAGGAGCCCUGUCAGGUGUCACUUUGGAUCCACCCCCGUCAGCAGCCGUUCAGGUACCUCUAAGGGCAGCUACAGCAGCUACCAGGAAAUCAUCGCCACUUCUCUCCUGAACCUGGGCCAAAUCGCCGAGGAGGCCCUGGUUGGGGAGGACUCAGACCAGGCAUCCAAGCAAGGCUCCGGCAUCGUGCACCUGGUUCAGGAGGAGACUGAGGAAGGGGCCAGCAGUGACGAGGGUGAGAAGGAGGUCUUCAUCCAGCCCGAGGAUGCUGAGGAGGUCAUUGAGAUCAGCAGUGAGCGCUCGCAGGACCUGUGUCCCCAGUCCCUGAAGGGGGUGGCCAGCAAGCAGAAGGUCACCCUGGGCCAGGAGGAGGAGGAGGAGGAGGAGGAGGAGGAAGAGGAGGAAGAAGAAGAGGAGGAGGAGGAAGACGAGGAGGAGGAAGAGGAGGAGGAGGAGGAGGAGGAAGAGGAGGAGGAGGAUGAUGAGGAGGCUGAUCCUGAUGUGAUCUGCCAGGAAGACGCCCCCCGCGCCUCUACUCCGAAGGGCACUGAGCCCCGGCAUGCUGCACUGCCCAGCCCCAAGCCUGAGUACUCUGUCAUCGUGGAGGUGCACUCUGAGGAUGGCAAGGAUGAGGACACGCGUUCCCAGAAAUCGGCCGUGACCGAUGAGUCAGACAUGUACGACAUGAUGACGCGUGGGAACCUGGGCCUCCUGGAGCAGGCCAUUGCCCUGAAGGCAGAGCAGGUGCGCUCCGUCUGUGAGCCCGGCUGCCUGCCCACCGACCAGGGCCAGCUGGGUCCCAGUGACCCAGGGAAGGGGCCGCGGCCACAGGACUCCGCACGGAAGAACUACUGCAGCAAAGAUCCCUCCAGAGCUGAGAAGCGUGAGAUCAAGUGCCCGACCCCAGGCUGUGACGGCACGGGCCACGUGACAGGGCUGUACCCACACCAUCGCAGUCUGUCUGGCUGCCCCCACAAAGACAGGAUCCCCCCCGAGAUCCUGGCCAUGCAUGAGAACGUGCUGAAGUGCCCCACGCCCGGCUGCACGGGCCAGGGCCAUGUGAACAGCAACCGCAACACACACCGCAGUUUGUCUGGGUGUCCCAUUGCUGCUGCUGAAAAAUUAGCCAAAUCUCAUGAGAAGCAACAGCCGCAGUCGGGGGACCCUUCCAAGAGCAGCUCCAAUUCAGACCGGAUCCUCAGACCCAUGUGCUUCGUGAAGCAGCUUGAGGUUCCUCCAUACGGAAGCUACCGGCCGAGUGUGGCCCCCACCACACCCAGAGCCAACCUGGCCAAGGAGCUGGAGAAAUUCUCCAAGGUGGCCUUUGACUACGCAAGCUUCGAUGCUCAGGUGUUUGGCAAACGCAUGCUUGCCCCAAAGAUUCAAACCAGCGAAACCUCACCUAAAGCCUUUAAAUGCUUCGACUACGCCCAGGACGCCGAGGCCGCACACAUGGCCGCCACCGCCAUCCUGAACCUCUCCACUCGCUGCUGGGAGAUGCCCGAGAACCUCAGCACCAAGCCACAGGAUCUGCCUGGCAAGUCCGUGGACAUCGAGGUGGACGAGAAUGGAACCCUGGACCUGAGCAUGCACAAGCACCGCCGGCGGGACAGCGCCGUCCCUGGCAGCGGCAGCUGCAGCAGCAGCCCCGGUGUGAAAUCCCCCGACGCCUGCCAGCGCCCCGGCAGCACAAGUGCCCCCAGCAGCUCCAUGACCUCGCCCCAGUCCAGCCAGGCCUCUCGCCAGGAUGAGUGGGACCGACCCCUGGACUACACCAAGCCCAGUCGGCCCCGAGAGGAGGAACCGGAGGAGUCAGAGCCAGCAGCCCAUUCUUUUGCUUCUUCUGAAGCAGAUGACCAGGAAGUGUUGGAGGAGAACCUGGAGGAGCGGAAAUACCCCGGGGAAGUCACCCUGACCAAUUUUAAGCUGAAGUUUCUCUCCAAGGACAUAAAGAAGGAACUGCUCACCUGUCCCACCCCCGGCUGUGACGGCAGUGGCCACAUCACCGGGAACUAUGCCUCCCACCGCAGCCUCUCUGGUUGCCCUCUUGCUGACAAGAGCCUCAGAAACCUCAUGGCUGCCCAUUCUGCUGACCUCAAGUGCCCCACGCCUGGCUGUGAUGGCUCUGGCCACAUAACAGGAAACUACGCUUCACACCGCAGCCUGUCAGGAUGUCCUCGUGCCAAGAAAAGUGGAGCCAAGGUGACACCUACAAGAGAUGACAAGGAAGAUCCUGAGCUGAUGAAGUGCCCUGUUCCUGGCUGUGUGGGGCUUGGCCACAUCAGUGGCAAAUAUGCGUCUCACAGAAGUGCGUCUGGCUGCCCCCUUGCAGCCCGGAGACAGAAGGAGGGUUCCCUCAAUGGCUCAUCUUUCUCUUGGAAGUCUCUGAAGAAUGAAGGGCCCACCUGUCCCACCCCAGGCUGUGACGGCUCAGGUCAUGCCAAUGGGAGCUUCCUCACCCACCGGAGCUUGUCUGGUUGUCCCAGAGCCACCUUUGCUGGAAAGAAGGGAAAACUCUCAGGGGAAGACGUUCUCAGCACCAAGUUCAAGACAAGCGACGUGCUGGACAAUGAUGAGGACAUCAAGCAGCUGAACCAGGAAAUCCGUGACCUGAAUGAGUCUAACUCAGAGAUGGAGGCCGCCAUGGUGCAGCUUCAGUCCCAGAUCUCGUCCAUGGAGAAGAGCCUGAAGAACAUUGAGGAGGAGAAUAAGCUCAUUGAGGAGCAGAACGAAGCCCUGUUCCUGGAGCUGUCAGGCCUGAGCCAGGCCCUCAUCCAAAGUCUUGCCAAUAUCCGCCUUCCACACAUGGAGCCGAUCUGUGAACAGAACUUCGACGACUAUGUGAGCACUCUCACCGACAUGUACUCCAACCAGGAAUGCUACCUGAACCCUGAGAACAAGGACCUCCUGGAGAGUAUCAAGCAGGCUGUGAGAGGAAUCCAGGUGUAGGCUUUGCUGUUCUAGGAGCUGCCUUGCCAAUGUGGGGUGCCCACACCACUCCAAGUUCCUAGCUCCAUCGUUACCUCCCUUGCCCUGCCCGCCCUGCGGAGACCCCCAACUCACAGUGACCUCCAGUUGGCAGCCUGGGUGCCCUCAGGGGGCUUAUCCAAAGGGGGCCUGAAGCUCAGUGUCUCCCUAGAUGUGCUUGCCAGGCGGUGGCCUCUAUGACCCCCAUGCAAAUGGGGGGGGACAAAGUAUUACAAAGUGAUUUAUUUUUGUUUUUUGAAAGAAAUCUGAGGAGCAGCUCAAAGUCUCCAGUGGAAGCUCAUGGACAAGGUUCUCAGGGAAGUUCUGGAGUCUGCAGCCACAGUGUUUGUCUGUCAGGGCGGGAGGGCAGUGUGUGCCCGUCGCUGUGGGUGCGUGUGAUGAUGUGGGCUGGGGUGCGCCCCGGGGCUGGGCAUCGUUCUCAAGGCCCGUGUGGCAAGUGUGUUUUCUGUUUUCAUUUCACUCCGUUCUGUGUUCAGGAUGGAACAAGGCUCAGUUCCAGAGGGCCAGUUAGGAAUAGGUUGGCAGGCCAAGGGUCGACUAGUGUGCCCCUCUGGCCAGCCCCUCUGGUCCCUCUUUCAAGCACCCAAGUCCAAGGGUGACGUGAGGAGCCCCAAUGCCCCACAGGUACAGGCUAGGCCACUCUCCACUUCUCACCAGAGGGGGUCAGGGUCCAGCUCUCCAUGUGCUCCCAGGACCCUGACUGUCACCACCUACCACAUUCCUGGUCACAGCUGAGCUGGACCAAGUGGAACAGGCCAGCAAGGUCAGGGGUCACAUCCCUCAUGGAAGACCACUGGUUGUCCUUCUCUUUAGUCAUUCAAAAUGUGAAAAAAGGUAAAUUUCAAUUCAAUGUGUUAAAAACACUAUGUCCUAAUGUGUAAAUAGAGUCCAAAUUGAUUGUGACUGCAAUUCCAAGUUAGUAUUUAAAAGUAGAGAAAUCGCACUUCCUGGAAGAAAAUUUUAAAAGUAGUUAGUUUAAUUAUUCUGUAAAUUAUUUAAUUUUGUCAAGAUGUAAGUAUUUAUAUUCACAACCUCUUAUGUUAAUGUUUGCUAUUUAUUUAACAUUUUUAUUUAUUAAUUUUAUACUGUUUUAACUAGACCCACACACCAGGGCACCAUGAGAAGGAAAUAAAUUACAUCAAGCAAAAUUAACUCUACUAUGAUAGGUCACAAAAAAAUUCUUGCUAUAACUUCUAGUUAUAAUUUUGAUGGAACCAAGUUAUUUUCAUAUAUUUUGUUAUUUAUUCUUUUAAUAAUGGUAUUUUUUAAAAAGUAUUUUGUAACUGAAGAAUUUUGAUAAUUUGAGGAUGUUUUUCCCCUCGUUCCAAUGGAAAGAUCAAUUCUUUGGUUUCUUUUGUCCCUUUCGGUUCCUUUGGUUUCAGGCACGGACAACAGCAGAUGGAGUUGUGUGUUCUUUCUUUGUGUGUAGGCAGAUGUGUGUGCCCUGCGUGUUCUUGUGUCGCGUCUGUGUGCCAGUUCUCGAUGGCUGAGUCAUGUUGCUGUGAGGGAAGCUGGUUGCCACCAGCCCCACCCUGUCCCUCCUCCGACAGCUCCAGUACUGUGAUCCUCCUUCCUCAGGAAACCCGUGCAGCCCAGACAGCUCUUCUCGGUGUGUCGCAGGGUGAUUUCCUAAUAAAAGUCGCGUGACUGUGAGCA